AUGGUUGCCAGGCAACGGCACCUCGGGCCCCGGGGGCGCGCGCGGGCGCUGAGGAGGCGCGUCCCGCCCGACCCCAGUGAGUCAGCCAGUCAGAUAAAAAUAAAAACCUUCCAGCGCUGCCUCCAGAUCUUGCCUGAGCGCUAUUCAUCCUUGGAGACAAGCAGGUUGACAGUUGCAUUUUUUGCUCUCUCUGGUUUGGAUAUGUUGGAUUCUUUAGAUGUAGUCAACAAAGAUGACAUAAUAGAAUGGAUAUAUUCUCUGCAGGUCCUUCCCACAGAAGACAGAUCAAACUUGCAUCGUUGUGGGUUUCGUGGUUCAUCAUAUCAAGGAAUGCCAUUCAAUCCAUCCAAGGGUCCUGGUGUUUUCCAUCCCUAUGAUAGUGGGCACAUAGCAAUGACUUAUACUGGCCUCUGCUGCCCAGUAAUUCUUGGUGAUGACUUGAGUCGAGUAAAUAAAGAAGCCUGCUUGGCAGGACUAAGAGCUCUCCAGCUGGAAGAUGGGAGUUUUUGUGCUGUUCUUGAUGGAAGUGAAAAUGACAUGAGAUUUGUAUACUGCGCUUCUUGUAUAUGCUACAUGCUCAACAACUGGUCAGGAAUGGAUACGAAGAAAGCCAUAGACUAUAUUAGGAGAAGCAUGCUAAAAAUUUAAAAUGCAGUUUCUAGG